CUCGUCCAACGGCGCAUGCGUCAUCAUGACAGACCUAAUUUUGCUGACCGGAAGAUGAGCCAGUUUUCCUCUCAUGUAGCCCAUCUUCUUUAUAGCCUAUCUUUGAUCUAACUAGCUGUCUAGCUACACACUCUGACACUUGUUGGGGAUACAUGUGUUUCUGAGCGUUGCUCUGCAAUUUAACGAGUUACCGGCAGAUUAGGAAGCUACUUCUGGUGACAUUUCCCAUUUAAGUGGUGCUGUUAAAUCUUUGGUUCAUUGGUGGAUAAGGAAGGACACGUAAAGCCAAACACUAGACGGAGUGACCCAGCUGUGUGAAACCACUUACCUGGGCUGCAGGCGUCCACACGUUCCACCUGCUGUGAGCCGAGUAAUUCAGCGGACCGACAGACAUGGGGAAGCAGAACAGCAAGCUCCGUCCUGAGGUGAUGCAGGACCUCCUGGAGAGCACUGACUUCACUGAGCACGAGAUCCAGGAGUGGUACAAGGGCUUCUUGAGGGACUGCCCCAGCGGCAACCUCUCCAUGGAGGAGUUCAAGAAGAUUUACGGUAACUUCUUCCCCUACGGAGACGCUUCCAAGUUUGCAGAGCAUGUCUUUCGCACAUUCGAUGCUAACGGCGACGGGACAAUAGACUUUCGGGAGUUUAUCAUCGCACUAAGUGUGACAUCACGUGGCAAGCUGGAGCAGAAGUUGAAAUGGGCAUUCAGUAUGUACGAUCUGGAUGGAAAUGGGUACAUCAGUAAAUCUGAGAUGCUGGAGAUUGUUCAGGCAAUCUAUAAGAUGGUGUCCUCUGUGAUGAAGAUGCCUGAGGACGAGUCGACACCUGAGAAGAGGACAGAGAAGAUCUUCAGGCAGAUGGACACCAACCGAGACGGUAAGCUGUCUCUGGAGGAGUUCAUUAAAGGAGCGAAGAGCGACCCCUCCAUCGUCCGCCUGUUGCAGUGUGACCCCAGCAGCGCCGGACAGUUCUAAACCCGAGGCAUCAACACAACCUUGCUUCUUCGGGUGACUCCAAAUGCCCUUAACUCUCCACUAUGGAGCGGACUGACGAUGAAGAAUGACAAGCUGAUGAUGACAAUGAAGAAGACAGGCCUUCAACAUGCACUGAGGACAUCAAAGAUGAGCACAGGAGCCAAAUUAUUCCCCCUCCCUUGAGCUGUUUCUCUAAAUACCCUUCAAACCCCAACAAAGACUCAAAUCCGAACCCUUAUCCGGUUCCCCCACCCACUGAUUGUAGUUGACCCAGGAUCCCUCAGUUCUCCUAUAGGCGCGUCAGCGUAUAAGGAAGGUCUAGAGUAGGUUGUAUAUAUACAGUAUAAACUGGAGUCUCUGUAUCAGUGUCUUUUCUUGGCUCUCUGUGCCUGUUGAGGCUCCAGCCCGGCUCUGAGACACAGACCCUCCGUCACUCUAAUGUGUAUCAUACUGUGGACAGAGUGUGUGCAUGAGACAACAGGAGAGAGAGACAUGAUGGUGUUGAAUAACAGGACAUACUGUAGGUGAGACUAUUUAAUCUACAGAGAGGACUUGUGAAGUUUGUCCUUCACUCAGAUCGAGUACUGCUUUUAGUUUUCCUCCUUUUUUACUGUGAGAAUGUGUACGUGGGUUUGUGUGUUUUGCAAAAAACUUGAUAGACCUUGUUUCAUAUUUUGUGCUGGGACAAAAUAACAUGUCAUUGUAUGCAACUAUGCAUAUGUGCCCUAAUUACUAGUUGGAAGUCUCACUGAUAUAAUGAAGAAGGAUAUCCACCACCUGUUUCAGUGGUUUUCCAUAUGGGGAAGAAUUUGACAUUAGACAUUUUGGAGUGGCAGAGAAUUACUGCUCUCUAGCUUCAGGAAAAAUAGAAAACUAGUCUUUUAAAGUAUUUGAGGACAGUGUAGAUAUAUAAAAGUGAACCCAAAUUUGUAAAGCAAAUUCCCAUAGUUCAGAUUGCUCAGUUCAUAACCAAUGUGAAAUAAUAAUAAUAAUAAAUGUUUAUUAAAGCUAUUGGGGGAUGUCGAGCAUGCAAACCAGUUUCUUUCUUAGACAUUUUACAAUGUGAAGAAGAGAGACCCACUUCGCAUUCACUUUUAGAUGUUUUUAAAUGCUGCAUGUUGGACAGUUGGGUGCAGGGGUGCAUAGACUAAAUAAACACGUAUGCAUGUGACUUAUGUGCAUGUUAUGUUCUGUUUAUGGAUAUCAGUGGCCCAACGGCCGGUUGCCCAUCCAGCUCUGAGCUUGCUUCUGUAUGUAAGUGUUGUCAUGGUUAGUGCUCCAGUAGUCAGUAUUAUUGACAGAGUAUGGACUGCCAAAGCUGACACUAAAAACACCACCACACACACACAACAAUCUAUACAUAUAAAGACACACUGUUUAAUGGGAAUGCUGGGUACUCAGAGCUGAGAGCCUUUUUUCUGUUUCAGUUGAGUUCAAUGAUUAAAUUGUCAUCCAAUUGUAUCUGUAACAGAGGACUGAAUUCUUUAGAAACAGUCCCAAUUCUACACUUUCAAUCAACUAGCAUAUACACAGUGUACAGUAUUCCAUAAAAUGAAUGACACGCUAUUAGUCACACAUCAGAAUGAGUGCUGGCGUCCCACUGAUAAGAACACUUGCAUUAGAUUCAAACAGAAGGAUUUGAUUAACAUUUUUGUCUCUACGUCUUUCCCUUUGUCAAAGAAAACAGAAGGGGGAAAAAAAGCUCUCACUGAGGUUUUUUAAGAAAGUUUAACAAGUUCAGGACCAGUGUGACCCUCACCCGAAUGUACCUGAGGCCCCCCCCCAGAGCGAAGACAUUUCAGUUAUUGUAUUAUUUUCCAAUUAGAAAAACUUUGAAUGUUUUACUCAAUAACUGCUGUUUUUUUUGUGAAAAAGAAGAAAAAAAAGACGCAGACAAACAAAACCGAGAGUCACAACUACUACUGCAAUGAUACGGUCACCAUCUGUUGCUUAUAUUGUCUUUUUUUAAUGAUUUUUGUUUUUGUUUUUUAAAGCUACGUCAGGUGUAACAUUUCUGUUAAAACACAAAAUAGCAACUUGCGGUCAAGUGCCAAAUAAAAACAAAGCAGUAUUGUAUAAAUUUAUACUGUACAAUUGUUAUCUGUUGAACAAAAUGUUUGUAAUUGUUGCAUUUUGUAGGUUUUGUAUGGUAUCCUGUAUUUAGUGACUGCAGUUUUGGAACACAGGAUUCUGUUUUUUGGUCAACUUUAAAAGGCAAAAAUUAAAUUUACAAUGUAUUGUG